GCAGGCAUGGCUCUGGUUUCUCCGGCUACACCCACCGAGCUGCUAUUUAAGCCCGUUUCUCAUCCCGGGGCUUCAUCAGUCUGCAGCUGCAGGGAGAAUCAGGACUACAGAGCACACAGAGGACUACAGAGAGGACUGCAGCCUGCACACUAACAUGUCGGUGGAAACAACAUUUUAUCUCCUCCUGCUUCUCUUCUCAUUGACAGCGGCCCAGGACUGCUCCCAGCCCUGCUCCUGCCCCUCUGCCCCCCCUCCCUGCCCCGUGGGGACCAGCCUGGUGCUGGAUGGCUGCGGCUGCUGCAAGGUGUGUGCCAGACAGGCGGGGGAGCCGUGCUCUCUGCUGGAGCCCUGCGACCACCACAAAGAGCUGUACUGUGACUACAACCUGCUGAGCGACACUGAGACCGGAGUCUGCAUGGCUCAGGAGGGUCAGACGUGUGACCUGGGGGGUGUGAUUUACCGCAGCGGGGAGUCUUUCCAGCCCAGCUGUAAACACCACUGUGUGUGUAUGAACGGAGAGAUCGGGUGUGUGCCCAUGUGUGCCAGCGACGUCCGGCUGCCCUCGCCCGACUGCCCGUACCCCCGACGCAUCACCAUCCCCGGGAAGUGCUGCGAGGAGUGGGUGUGUGAGGAGACCCCCCAGGACCAACACUACGAGUCAGUGAUGGCCGGGGCGUCUCAGAUUCACCCCCUGCCCUCCUCAAACCCGAUCUCGGUCUUCAGACAUGGGUCCCCUUAUGGACCGCCUGCAGAGAGUCCCAGAGAUAACUGCAUCGUGCAGACCACGGAGUGGAGCGAGUGCUCGGCCUCCUGCGGCAUGGCUGUCUCCUCUCGCAUUACCAACGACAACCAGCGCUGUCAGCUGGAGAGACAGACCAGGAUCUGCAUGAUCCGACCCUGCAACAGCCAGCAGGACAGAGAGAUCAAGAGGGGGAAGAAGUGUGUCCGGACCCCAAAGGCGCAGCGGUUCAUGCGCUUCGAGCUGUCGGGCUGCUCCAGCACCAGACUGUACAGACCAAAGUUCUGCGGCGUCUGCACCGACAACCGCUGCUGCACGCCGCAUCGCACCGUCACAGCACAGGUGGAGUUCCGGUGUCCAGAGGGAGACGUCUUCAUCAAGAAGAUGAUGUUCAUCAAAACCUGCUCCUGCCACCACGACUGCCCCCAAGACAACGACAUCUUCCUGGCGUCAAACACUCGGAGGAUGAUCGGGGACUACGACAACGAGAUGUGACGCAGACGUGCGUUCACACAAACGUAACGGGACUGCACUUAAGCACAACUCUGCGUACAAUCACACACUUCUCUUUUCUCUAACUCAGCCUAAAGGUAAUGGGUCGGCACUUAAUUACUUCUUCAUGAAGGGACUGUUGAUUAUUCUUUGUUUAGAGGAGGUGAAAGGACGAGGUUGCUCUGAGAUGUUGGUCUGGAAAUCAUCCACUGAGCGCGGUGGAUCCAACAGGAAGAUCAAACUUUAAAAACACAAACACUUAAAGUCCGAGCUACGAAACUAGAAAAACAUAAAAGUUGCUUCGGCAGCUGUUCACGCUUAGAGACGAAGGAGGGUCACAAAAACCUCCUCUCCUUUAGUUGAACCUGUUUUCAGUAGAUGUUAAAAUGCAGUUAUAAAACCCUCACAGCUCUUUACUCGACUAGUUUUGAAGGUUGACGUAUAAUUUGGUGGAAAGACGCACUGGCAAAGAAAUAUCAGAUUUUAACGUUUUUUUACCGUUAUCUAGAGCAAAACGCCAUCAUGAAGCACUCGUACACCCUGUGUUUGGAGUUUUAAUGUCCGGGAAAAGCUGCACGCACAAAGCGGCCAUUUUUAAGUCAGGAGAGGAGGCUGAAGUUACAAAUAUUCAAAAAUUAAACGAAAGCAAAUUGCCUGAUUUUGUUGAUGUUGCCGGACAUCUCAGACUUUAAAAGUGGAAUGUUUAAACAUGUGACAAAUGACACAGAUGACAUGAAUUUGACCUGAACAGCUCUGAAGAAGUACUUGUAAUGUAGAGACAUUGACUUCUCUGUCAGAAACCAUACUGUCUCUAAAGGAUGAAAAAACCCCGGCACUGUUGCACUGUAUGCACGCCACUGCUGCGAUCUCCGUGCUCGUAAUGAAGCGUCUUCAUUAUGUUGUUUGUUCAUAUUGUGAAUAUGUCGAAAUUCAACACGUAGCAUUGAUAUUAAGUCAAAAAUAGUCAGAGCAUCAGACUCUUUUUCUUUCUCCGCCAUGUCCGCAUUUUUUCCUGACUCCUGAAACCGCCAACCUCCCGUCAGACAGGGACAGCCUCUCCCGCUGUGAGGUGCACGUGUGAACAAACAACCCCAGGACGAUUUCAGGAGCAGUCUGCCUGAAAUUCUCAAGAAAGAAGAAGCUCAUGUGUGAAAAUUGGCUUAUUUCUUUUUUUCUAACUUAUGGAUUCAACCUUUUGUUUGCGAGGUGAAGAUUAUGACAUGACUUUUCAGAAGGUUUUGGUGACAUGUUUGGAUCACCAUCUACGUAAAGAAGCCAAAGAAAUCUGUCCCAUGACUGUUAAAAUAGGGUCCACCAUUGUGUCUAUAAAUAAAUGUUUCGUUUGGUUUUACGUUUGAAAGGGGAGAAAACAGGACAACUGAUUUACAGAACGAAUCUCUUCUCUGAGUUUAUUGGCUUUAGGUUUGUGUAGCAUCAAGCUGUUAGUUUUUUAUUCUGACCUGGACGUCCCUCCUCAGAGGCUGGAGCCGGACGUCUGAUGAUACUUCAGUGUUUGUCAUCAUAUUAAGACUUUUAACGUAGCUCUUCGUUUUGACAGUUUGGUCUUAAGAUCAGUGCAGGAAGAAAAAAAAAAGCAUAAAA